AUGCGCGGGGCACUGGAGCGCGGCGGCUUGGCGCUGGCGCAGACGGCGGUGGCGUCGUUCUCGGCCUCGGCGGCGCAGCAGGGCGACACGGCGCUGGUGGCCGACCCGGCGCAGGACUUCGACUACGACUACGUGCUGGACUGCCAGCCCACGGCGCAGCGCAGCGGGCUGGCGCUGGCGCUGUCCACGUACAAGCUGCAGCUGCGCAGCCGCGAGACGCUGGCGCUCGUGCACGAGUUCCACGCGCACAACAGCACCAUCCACGAGGUCUGGACGUCUCCGUCGUCGCCGCACCAGCUGGCCACGUGCUCCAGCGACGAGUGCGUCAAGCUCUGGGACACGCGCGCGGCGCUGCCGGCCAUGGUGGUGCCCGUGGGGCGCGAGGUCUGGAGCCUGUCCGUCGGCUGCGGCGAGACGCUGCUGGCCGCGGGCACGGACGAGCUCGCGCUCUUCUACGACGUGCGCACGGGCGCGCAGCUCGGCCAGUACGGCGAGAGCCACGUGGACGCCAUCACCAAGGUGCGGUUCCACCCGACGCAGCCGGCCUUCGUGGUCACGGCCUCGGAGGACGGCGUCGUGUGCUUCUUCGACUGCCGCAUCCCGGACGAGGACGACGCGCUCGAGAGCAUCCUCAACGUCGAGAGCGCCAUCACCAACAUCGGCUUCUUCGGCCCGCAGAAGGAGAACAUCUUCUGCCUCACGGGCACCGAGACGCUCGACCUGUGGAACCUCUGGACGGCCCAGCGGCUGCACCACUACGCCACGAUCCGCGACGACUGCAACGCCAACGGCCUGCCCACCGACUAUUUAAUCGACUGCCUGUACGACGACCAGAGCAACGAGCUGUUCCUGCUGGCCGGCAACCACGACGGAGACAUGAAUGCCGUCAAUAUCGGCACGGACCAGGCCUCGGCGGGCAAGCUGCAGCACGCGGCGCCGCUCAAGGGCGGCCACAAGGCCUGCGUGCGCUGCGUAUACUACGACCCGGACAGCGCGACGCUGUACUCGGGAGGAGAAGACGCGCGGCUCUGCAGGUGGACGGUGCCCGGCGCGUCCGCCGAGGCCGGCGACGGCUACUCUUCGGUGUCGUCCUCGACGCCGUCCGGCAGACGAGCGACGGGCCUCGACCCCGCAGGCAUCCGGAAGGCGCGCAAGGCCUCCCGACCAUACUAG